AUGAAUAAUCUUUUACCACAUUGUAUUAAUGCUGAUAGAAGUAUUAACUUACCAUUUGGCCAUGCACUUGAAACCUAUAUCAACUCGUUACCUUUAUUAUCAAAGUGUAAACUUAAAAAGCAAAGUCGACUAAAUGUUAAUGAAAGUAUUAAAGCUGGUUUCAUUACUCUAAAAUGCGUCGAAGGUGCUAUUGAUUAUCUUACAUGGAAAACAGCUAAAGGGCAAAAAAAAUUGACCAAUAGAAUUGACAAUAUAAUCAACUUACUGAUAAAAGACGUGAACGUUACUAUCAGUUGUAAAAGGGCUUGUGGUAGGCUUGGUGAGUGCAAGCAAGAAUGCUCAAACUUUAGUCUGAAAAAUAAUCUUACAAAUGACUUUGACAUGCAUAAGUGUGGAGUAAGAGUUAUUACGAAGGUCAUGCUUUCUAAUGUUGAAGACCCUCUACCAGUACAAUUAAUUAUAAAAGGAGUACAUAAAUUAUCUGCUCUUAUAACACUAGAUCUAAAAUCUACACAAAUCAAUCUCAGUCUUCAAACCCAUGAUAAAGUAAUUGCUGCACGCCAUGCUCAUCACAACACAGGAACAGAAAUUGCAAUGAAAGUAUUAGCUUCAUAUAAUAAUACAAGUGAAACUUAUCUGACAUAUCUGCAUAAUACAAAGAAUAUUGGGCCAUGGACUGUCUUGGACCAAUUAGUUACUACACAUUUGAAAGAGCAAGGAAAAAUACUUUAUUAUCAGCGUGGCCAUGAUUGUGGUUAUUUUUGUUUUGGAAUAGAUGGAAAAUAUGAUUUAAACAACGAAAAAGCCCCUGUUAUUGCCAUAGUCAUUGAAGAUCAAGUCAGUUAUGGAUCACUAUUAGCAUUUAGUCUAUGUGAUAAAGAGAACCAUUACACAAUACGAAUAGCUGUACAAGCAAAUAUUCUAUGUACUAUGAUGGACAAACAUCGACCUACUAAACUUGCAUUGCAAGGUUUUGUUCGCAACACAAUUCUUUGUUGGUUUCACAUCAUGGCUACAUUAGGUAAACAUUUAAGAAUAUGGAAAAUAGAUUGGUCAUUAUGGUAUCUGAUAGCACUUGCCUUUAAAAUCGUAGGUCGAAGCAAGUCAAAUGAAGAGGCUACUAAAAUGGAAAAAGAAUAUAUAGAAUUUAUUAAUUUUUUACCACUUGAUAGCAACAUAAAAGACAGCUUGAUACGUGAUUUAAAAAUGAACUGA